GUUUAUUGGCGAACGACCACAAGGCAAACAGCCUAAUUUUCCUAUCAAUUACAACGGAAUCAUUUCAGGUUUUUGAUUAAAAAAUAUUCGGAGGAGUGAUUUUGCUUUUGGAACCUAGGACAUCACCAUGCGGAGACCGAAAGUCCUAGUGACCCACCGGCAGGUGCAACCGGUGGCUUUGGAACGUUUGAAAAGGGAAUGCGAUGUGAUUCUACCGGAUGUGGAUUUUCCUACCAGAGCGAACAUACUGGAUCUCUGUCCCGGAAUCGAUGGGUUACUGUGGACCAGUUAUAAGAUGAAGCUUGAUCACGAAAUUCUCCAAGCGGCAGGACCCAAACUGAAGGCUGUUUCCCUUACGAUGAACGGGGUAGAUUGUGUGGAUUUGGACGAACUGAUCUCUCGCAACAUUCCCCUCGGGCAUACACCACACAUACCGAAUGAAGCAGUGGCAGAUCUAGCGAUCGGGCUCAUGAUCACAGCCAGCAGUGCUAUAUUCUCCUCACAUGACUCCGACUCCCAUGCGGGCACGUGCAUUCAAGGAUCCACAGUUGGAAUCGUCGGUUUCGGUGGAAUUGGUGAACUCAUCGCGAAAAGAUUGCAAGGAUUCGACGUGCAAACGAUGCUUUACUGCGGGCAUAGUGUGAAAGAAAACGCAAAGAAAUUCAACGCCCAGUUUGUGGCAAGAGAAGAACUACUUCGGCGUUCCGAUUACGUGUUCAUAGCCUGUCCGCUGACGCCGGACUCCUUGCGGAUGUUUAAUCGAGAAACAUUUUUGAUUAUGAAACCAACAUCCGUGAUCAUUAAUGUGGCUCGCGGAGCUAUCGUGGAUGAGCAGGCACUUAUGGACGCGCUGAAAAGUGGACGAAUACGAGCCGCUGCACUGGACACGGUCACCACGGAACCAAUUCCAGCGGAUAGUGAAUUGUUUCAUCUUCCAAACUGUGUGAUCAUUCCACACUUGGGGACGGCUACGAAGAAAACGCGAGAUCAAAUGGCUUUGCGUGCUGUAGACAAUCUAAUCGCAGGAAUGCGCGGGGAAACAAUGCCAUCGCAAUAUUUCAAACCCAAAACUGCAAACUAA